AUGACUAUUGUCUACCGUCCUGGGAAAGAUAACCCUGCUGACUAUAUGUCAAGACACCCCAUUUUGACACAAAAACUCUCACGAGAGGAGGACAUAGCAGAGCACUAUGUGAAGUUCAUUGCCGAAAAAGCCGUACCUAAAGCUAUGACCUUGGAUGAAGUUAAAAGAGCAACUAAUGAGGACAAGACAAUGCAAAAGGCUAUUGACUAUGUACGCACAGGAAAAUGGUAUGAACUUAAGCGACUGGAGGAUAAAGAUGUGGAUUUGCUAGAACUACAAGCUUUACGGAAUGUUCAAGACGGAUUAGCUGUGUAUUCUGACAAUGUUUUACUAAGAGAGGGCCGUUUAGUCCUACCUAAAUCUCUCCGUGAACGGGCCGUAACCAUUGCUCAUGAAGGACAUCAGGGAAUCAGCCGCACCAAGGCACUGCUACGCUCAAAAGUAUGGUUUCCUGGAUUAGACGAUUUAGUUGAAAACUCGCUCAAAUUCUGCUUACCUUGUCAGAGCGUUACUGAAAGGCCUAAUCGAAUUGAACCAUUCAAGAUGUCCGAUAUGCCACAUGGUCCAUGGGCAAACUUAAGUGUUGAUUUUUGUGGACCCUUACCAGCAGGGGAAUACUUAUUCGUGAUCACUGAUGAAUUUACCAGAUAUCCAGUCGUCGAAAUAAUGCGAUCAACCUCAGCAAGUGCUACUAUUCCUGUCCUGGAUAAAGUCAUUUCUACUUUUGGAAUACCUAAGGUCGUGAAGUCGGACAACGGAAGUCCAUUUAACUCUGCCGCAUUCAAGGAAUUCGCGGAAAACAUGGGAUUUCAUCACCGCAGAAUCACACCUCGUUGGCCUCGGGCGAAUGCUCAGGCAGAAUCCUUUAACAAACCGAUGAUGAAGGCAGUCCGAGUUGCUCAUGUUGACAGGAAAAACUGGAAACAAGAACUGUUCCGUUUUCUUCGACAGUAUCGAAAUACUCCUCAUUAA